UUCGACUCUCAUCAUUUUGACCUACGUCAUCUUCAGUCAGUCUGAGCAGUGAAGCUAGCUAAAGCUUUGUAUCCUAUUAGUCGCUUUUGUCAAUGUAAACAUGUAGCCGUUUCACUGAAGUAACCGUAUUGCUAUUAAGCGGAGUUCCCUACUUGUUAACCAGUUUGUCAAUAGUACGAAUAAUGAUGGCUGUGUCGCCGAAAAUAGCAGGGCUGUGUAACGGUAGCUAGUAUGACAACCAGCUAGCUAGCUAACACUGAAUAGCUAGCUAACUAUCGGGUCGUGUUUUAGUAUGAGGCUUGCCUUGGUUAAUUAGCUAGACAGCUAACGUUAGCUAGCUUCCAGUUGACAGCAAUGAAGGGCUAACUCGAGUCAAGAACUGGAGAUAAAAUGAAUACAUCUAGAAGUGCUGGUGCCUCGUCCAAUGUAAAUGGAAAACAAAUGAACAACUGGGAUACCAGACGGAAGAGGAAAAUUGCAGACAUCACACUGGCCCUUAGUGCGAGUCCAGUGGAUGUGGCUGCUUUGAGGAGGAUGGCUAUCAGUGAAGGAGGUCUGCUGACUGAUGAAAUACGCUGUCAAGUCUGGCCUCGGCUUCUCAACGUCCCUCCUCACGUCUUGGAACAAGAGCCAGAAACGGUAGAGCGGGAGAAUAACAAAGACUACAACCAGGUGUUGCUGGAUGUCCAGCGCUCACUGCGGAGGUUUCCCCCUGGUAUGCCAGAUGAGCAAAGGGAGGGUCUCCAGGAAGAACUAAUUGACAUCAUCCUCCUCGUUCUGAAACGCAAUCCCCAGCUGCACUACUACCAAGGAUACCAUGACAUUGUUGUCACCUUCUUAUUGGUCCUUGGAGAGCGCCUUGCAACUGCUCUUGUGGAAAAGCUCUCCACACACCACCUCAGGGACUUCAUGGAUCCUACCAUGGACAACACAAAACACAUUCUGAACUAUUUGAUGCCCAUCAUUGACAGGGUCAACCCUGAGGUGCAUGACUUCAUGCAACAGGCUGAGGUGGGGACAGUCUUCGCCCUCAGUUGGCUGAUCACCUGGUUUGGCCACGUCCUGUCAGACUUCCGCCAUGUUGUCCGGUUGUACGACUUCUUCCUGGCCUGCCAUCCAUUGAUGCCCAUCUACUUUGCUGCUGUGAUUGUACUGUACAGAGAAGAGGAGGUGUUGGAGUGUGAAUGCGAUAUGGCCAUGGUCCAUCACCUGCUGUCUCAGAUUCCCCAGGAUCUGCCAUAUGAGACACUCAUCAGCCGAGCAGGAGACCUCUUUGUCCAGUUCCCUCCCUCUGAGCUGGCCAGAGAGGCUGCCUCACAUGACGGCAUGGCAGCCUCUACCUUCAAGGACUUUGACCUUGCGUCCACUCAACAGCGACCAGACUCUGUUUUCCGUCGCCGACGCAGACUGAAGCAGGCUGCGCUCGAGAGCUCAGCAGCGAACGCAGUAGUGGCGGUAGCCCAACCUUCAACGGCACGGCGGCUUGUUCGCCUGGCUGUCAUGGGUCUCACAGUGGCUUUAGGGGCAGCAGCUCUCGCUGUGGUCAACACUGCCUUGGAGUGGGCCCCCAAACUGGACUUGUUUCCUUGAACUGCUCUUCUUACCCCUAUGCUCCAACUGUAUCUGUCCUUGACUGGUUCUAACUGGUUGGUCUGUUUCCAAGAAAACUCUAAUUUAUGGAACCACAAACCAUGCUGUCGAUAACACUGGCUGGAGUUUACCCUCUAAUCUGAACCAGUUAACGCUCCUCUUUCGUCUUCUAGGAUGUGUCUUAACAUCCUAUGUAGGGCUUCUCAGGCUCCAGCUGAAGGUCCUUUUAUGACUCCUGAAGAGCCUGCACCAGUAUAACAACAACCACUACUGCUGGUGUGUGAAAUGAAGAAUCCACCCUGUGAUAAGGAAUAGACUGUUUUUCUAAGAACUAUUACUGAUGGGGUCAUUGUUAAAGUUUAUUUAUAUUUGGUAUUAGGAUAAUCUGAUAUUGAGUUAUGCUUACAGAUAUGUAUGCUGAAAGCUUGGUGGACUCACUACACUUGAAACUGCUGCCAAUUAGAGAGCAUGUGUGUGUGCGUGCGUGUGUGUUUGUGCGUGGGUGUGUGUGCGUGCGUGUGGUCGCAACCCAUUUGUUAUUCAUUUGAUACCUGGACUGAGACCAAAUAGAGUAUUGUUAGAGUCCUCUCUGUAUAAUUUAUAGGUGUAUAAACAGGUAUAUAGAGAUAUGUUCAUGACACACAGGCACUUUUUAAGGCCACCAUUGUGUUAUGUUUGAGGUCAUGUCACUUUUUUUAAGAAGUUCAAAUAAGCCUUUUUAGUGAAGAAACAAAUCUUCCUCACUGGGUCAGAGUAUCUGUAAAACAUGUCAACAGUUUUCACCCCUGACACCCUACACAUUUUAAUUUUGGCUCAUGGUUGGGGUCAGCAAAGCUAUCUGCGAGAAGUUUUAAACAAAAUGUGUUUUAGUAUAAUCAAAGUAAAUAUUGUAUCUCAAGACCUCAUAGGAUUAGACCCCAGAAUGGAGCUUUCACAGUCCAGGAAAUAAAAAAAAUCUACCAAUAUCGAAACUGUUUUACUAGAACUUUCUAAUUAUUCAGUCACCUAACUGUUUGGUUGCAUAACCUUAAAAUGGGUCUGUGUUGUAAGGAUUAGGAUAUGCUUUCUGCAUCACUUUUUAUGGAGUAGAUGAUUGAAUCUCUCUCUGUUUAGCAACACACACACUCACUCAAUGCCUCGUUAACAUAAAAUAUCAGAGCUGGUGUAAAUAGCAGGUAAAAUGAAGUGGAGAAUGUGGUCUUAGGGUUGGCACAGUGGGGACCCAGUUUGCACUGACUGCAUUACUUUUGCAAAAAUCACUUUGAAAUCCGUUUGAUAGGUGCUUUUCUUGCUGUAAGGGUGUUCCUGUUGGG